AUGCCUGGAGCGAGAGUCCCCAUUCCGCGUUCCCCAUCCCGCAUUCCCCAUUCCGCAAGCCCCAUUCCGUUUUCCCCAUUCCACAAUCCCCAUCCCGCAUUCCCCAUCCCGCAUUCCCCAUCCCGCAUUCCCCAUCCCGCAUUUCCCACUCCCCAUUCCCCAUUCCGCAUUCCCCAUCCUGCAUUCCCCAUCCCGCAUUCCCCAUUUGACAUUCCCCAUUCCGCAUUCCCCAUCCCGCAUUCCCCAUCCCGCAUUCCCCAUCCCGCAUUCCCCAUUCUGCAUUCCCCAUCCCGCAUUCCCCAUUCUGCAUUCCCCCUUCCGCAUCCCCCUUCCUCGUCCCCCCUUCCGCGUUCCCCCUUCCGCGUUCCCCAUUCCACAUUCAACCUUCCGCCAUCCCCCUUUCGCAUUCCCCCUUCCGCCAACCCCCUUCCGCAUUCCGCCUUCUGCCUUCCCCCUUCCGCAUUCCCCCUUCCGCAUUCACCCUUCCGCAUUCACCCUUCCGCAUUCCCCCUUCCACAUUCCCCCUUCCGCGUUCCCCUUCCGUGUUUCCGCUUCCGUGUUCCCCCUUCCGCAUUCCCCCUUCCGCCUUCCAACUUCCGUGUUUCCCCUUCCUCAUUCCCCCUUCUGCCCUCCCCCUUCCGCAUUCCCCCUUCCGCCCUCCCCCUUCCGCAUUCCCCCUUCCGCGUUCUCCCUUCCCCAUCCCCCCUUGCGCAUCCCCCCUUCCACAUUCCCCCUUCCGCAUUCCCCCUUUUGCAUUCCCCCGUUUUCCCCCUCAUGCCUUAUGCCCCAAGUUUCCCCCUAGCAGGCCCCAUGUUUCCCUCUGCUAACCCAUGCUUCCUCCCCCUGCAGGCCCCCUGUUUCCCCUUGCCGGCCCCCUCUUUCCCCCUGUAG